UCUCAAAAAAAAAAGAAGAAAAUUUUCAUUUUUCUUCACUGCUUCUUCACAGUUUCUUCUUUGAAUUAUGAUUUUCUUUUUUUUUAUAUUAAUAAUAAUUGUUUCCACUUUCUUUUAAUCGAAUCGUAUGGUAUCGUUUUGUAUGUCGGUAUAUGUCGGUAUGGUAGAUGAUGUAUGAUCAUGUUGAUCACUUGAUUUUAAUUAUCGUUAAGUGCAAGCCUGUUGCUAUCGGGGAUUAAAAUUGAACAAAUAUUAAUGUUUAAAGUUGAAUUCUCCACCAAAUCAGCAACAACCUACUUCAAGCACGGAACUACACCAUUUAUUUGCGGUUUCCAACGGGACAAGCGGGAUUCACAACCGCCGCCUGUAACAACAACAAUAACAACAACAACAACACCAACAACAUUACCACCUCCAACUCCGCCGCCAGACGAUCCCAUCAUCACAAGAAGUGUAAUCGUCCAGCAACCGACUGCAACAUCAGCAACUGCCAUCAACAAUAAUAAAAAGUUAAUUCGCCGCAUUAAUUCUUCGACAGGGUAUUUCAAGUCAAGCACCACAUCGAUUCGCUCGACAAGUUCAUCAGAAAAUAAAGUCAAGGAAAGAAACACAACAGAAACAAUAACAACACCAACAAUGGCCGCUAACAGUAUUGCCCCACCACCACCCGGUACAGUUGAGAAGAUUCCCUGGCCCAACAGCAAGGACGACUAUACAUUGCGUGACGUGAUUGGCGUGGGUGCCACAGCCGUGGUACAUGCCGCCUUGUGCGUGCCUCGAAACGAGAAAUGUGCCAUCAAACGCAUAAACCUCGAGAAAUGGAACACAUCCAUGGACGAACUGUUGAAAGAGAUUCAAGCGAUGUCGUCGUGCAAUCACGAGAACGUCGUAACCUAUCACACAAGCUUUGUGGUUCGUGAGGAAUUGUGGCUGGUGCUGCGACUUCUGGAGGGGGGCAGUCUGCUGGACAUUAUCAAACACAAGAUGCGGACGACAAACUGCAAGCACGGUGUCUUCGAUGAGCCUACCAUUGCGACUGUCCUCAAAGAGGUACUCAAGGGUCUGGAGUACUUCCAUCUGAAUGGACAAAUCCACAGAGACAUCAAAGCUGGUAAUAUCCUCCUGGGUGACGAUGGCACCGUUCAAAUUGCUGAUUUCGGAGUGAGCGCCUGGCUGGCUACCGGACGAGAUCUGUCGCGCCAAAAGGUCAGACAUACCUUCGUCGGAACCCCCUGCUGGAUGGCCCCCGAGGUGAUGGAACAAGAUCACGGCUACGACUUCAAGGCGGAUAUUUGGUCCUUCGGCAUAACUGCAAUCGAAAUGGCGACUGGAACUGCACCCUACCACAAGUACCCUCCAAUGAAAGUUCUCAUGCUGACGCUCCAAAACGAUCCGCCUACCCUCGACACUGGCUCCGAAGACAAAGACCAGUACAAAUCCUACGGCAAGACGUUCCGCAAAAUGAUUGUCGAGUGUCUGCAAAAGGAGCCCUCGAAGCGACCAACAGCCAACGAACUUCUGAAACAUGCUUUCUUCAAAAAGGCCAAGGACCGCAAGUAUCUUAACCAGACCCUGCUGACUACAGCUCCCUCAAUGGAGACCCGAGUGCAUAAGGCCUCACGCCGGCAACCAGGAGCCUCGGGCCGCCUCCACCGAACUGUCACCGGUGAAUGGGUGUGGUCCAGCGAGGAGGAGGACAAUGGCAAGCAUUCCUCAGACUCUGAAUCUGAUGAUCGUCCGAUCAACCGUCUCGAGCAAGGCGACUCGUCCGACAGCGAUCGCGAAGAACAAUCGGAAUUCUCCGAGCGGACCAUGACGUGCACCUCAGAGCCUGCCGACUCGGCCACAAGUGAGGCAGCAGUAUCGGCAGCAGCGAAUGCGGCGGCGGCUACUCUAAAUGCAACACCAGUUGAUGCACCACCAGUUAACCUCGUCUUGCGAAUGAGAAAUAUCAAGCGUGAAUUGCACGACAUCCGAUUCGAAUUCGCCGUUGGCAAGGACUCCGCCGAUGGAAUUGCCGCCGAGCUAGUCGAAGCCGGCCUCGUCGAUAAUCUAGACACAAAUCCUAUGGCCCUUAACCUCCAGAAGCUGAUAGAGCUGCGAAAUCAAAUGAAGUCGAUUACGUUCCAACUGUGUUCUGGUAUCCAGCCCGGUGAAGUGCCAGACGAGAAAUCUUUAGUUGGCUUUGCCCAAAUAUCGAUAAUAGACUAAAAAGGCGCGAACAUAUAAAGCCUGCGUUCACUAUUAUAACCCCCUAUGUCUCCUAUCGCCAUCUCCUAGCGAUGGUAAUUCACAUUAAUUAAUUUUUUUUUAAUAAAUAAAAUUUAUUAAAACCCUCCUCCCGCUCCCAUCCUAUAUAAUAUAAUAUCUUCUUUCAUGUCAAGCAGCGUGAUGAUGAUAAUGAUGAUGAAAUGUUUAAAUGCAAGUAUAAUUUAUCACUUCUAUUUAUAAACAAAACAAAAAAUAUUACUAUUAUUAUAUUUUAUAAUUAUUAAUUUCUCGUUUAAAUAUAAUUUAAUUUAAUUAAAAACAAAAUAAAUUAAGCUAAAACUUAGCUCCUAUAUAAAUUUUCAAUAAACAAAACAAAAACAAACAACAAAAAAUAUAAAUGAAAUAAGCUAAAUAUGAAAGCACUGUUUUUUUUUUAAUUUUAUUUAAUUGUUUACUUUUAAAAAUUAUAUGUUUUCAUUUAAUUAAAAAAUUAAUAAUUAAAACAAAAAGUUAAAAACAUAAAGUAAACGAUAAAUUAACGUGAACAUUAAAUAAAAAUAAAAAACCCCUAUACAUUUAAUUUAGUUUUAAUUGUUAAACAAAAAAAUAAAAACAAAAGAGAAAAAGAAGAAAUUAUAAGAGAAAAUGUUCAUAAUUUUUAUAGCUUAAAUAUAGCAAGCAAGAAAAAUUUAAAAAGAGAAAUAGAAAAAAAGAGAGAAAAUAUGUAAUAAAUUAAUACAUGAAUUGCUUAAUUGAUUAUUGUAAUAUUAAAUGUAAAGAAAAGAAAAAACAAACGAUAAAUAAAAAUAAAAACAAAAACCUUGUACUGAAAUGCAGACUAAAUUUUAUAUAACGCUCUAGAGAAAAACAAAAAAGGUAAAAAUUAGAAGAAAAUCAAAUAAUAAUCAAUAAUUUUUGUUAGACAAAAAUAAAUAAUAAAAAAAACUGAGAGAAACAAUGAAAUUAGUAAGUAAACAAAAAUUAAAAAAUUAAAUAUAUUAAAAACAAAAAAAAACACAAUACAAACUUUGAUGUACACUUCUUUAAAAACAAACAAACAAAAAAAAUAAUUAUUAAUAAUAGUUAAAAAUAUAAUUAUGGCCUUUUGAAAAAGUUAAAGUCAAAUUAAAAAUUCAACAACAAAUUUAUUUAGAAACAAAUCCGUCUCUGUUUUUGUUUUGUUAGUUGUGUUUUUUUUUAUUAUUAGUUUUUCAUUUGUUUAAGAACGAAAAAAAUAGAAUUAUUUAUUUAACUUACAUUCAUUUGAGUUUGUUUAAAAAAUGAGAGAUAUAUGGUACAUACAUAAUAGA